AAGACUGCUGUCUGUAAACUUGAAUUAGCGCCACAAAUGACGUCCCGACAGAACAGUAACCCAGACGUCGAAGCAAGAAGAUAAGAUGAAUUCAGGAUAAUUGUUAGGGUUUUAGAGUAUAUUCUUCUCAGUUUCACCCGUCUUUUAAAUCCAAAAAUAGAAAUGGCAGUUUUCUUGCUCUUUACUACCACAUUCAAUCACUCACACACUUACACUACUUUCAAUUUCUUCACCUCACUGCAAAAUUUCUGUGGGGAUUCAUUCUCCAAUUUAAAGGCUAAAGGAAGAAUUCACAGAAUAUGUUGUAGGAAGGUUCGAGUUGUGUCGUCGCAUUCCAAUCCCAAAAUUCUGAAGCGCAAUCGUAAAUCCAGGUAUGGACAGCCAUUGUCUCCUUAUGACAGUGAAGAAGAAAAAGAAGUUGAUGAUGACGACAGUGGUGGUGACGAUUGGAUUUCUGAUGAAGAGUUUGCAGACAACAAAAUUUCUGAAGCUGAUAGACAAAAGUUAAAGAUGCAGAAUUCGACCAAGAUGAAACAAGCUCAUUGUGCAGGCAGUCGCAGGCAUCUGGAGAGAGGUGGAGGUGCAAGCUCUUUAAAUUCUGGACGAAACCUUGAAACAAGGCAACACAAGUUGGGUAUAAAGAAUGGCAAAGACAUCCUAAAAAAGAGAGAGAGUAGCAUUUCGUAUAACACUUCCAGGCAAUCAGCAAGCAUUUCUUCUUUAGGUGAUAGCAGAGAAAAGGAAGCAGAAAGUUCUUCUAAGAAAAGAUUCACUCAUUUGUCAGAAGAACUAGACUUAGACGAUAGGUGGUUACCGCUUCUGGAUCAUUUGAGCACUUUUGGUCUUAAGGAAUCACAUUUUAUUCAAAUGUAUGAAAGGCAUAUGCCAUCCCUUCAGAUAAAUGUUGACUCUGCUGAGGAAAGAUUGGGAUAUUUGUUAAGUGUUGGCGUCAAACACAGAGAUAUCAGAAAAAUAAUUUUGAGACAGCCUCAAAUUUUGGGGUACACCAUCGAAAACAAUCUGAAGUCUCAUGUUGCCUUUUUGGGAAGAUUGGGCAUUCCAGAAUCGAGAAUAGGGCAAAUAAUUACUGCCACCCCAUCCAUGUUCUCUUACAGUAUUGAUAAUUCUUUAAAACCUACAGUCAAGUACCUUCUUGAGGAGAUAGGAAUCGAGAAGCAUGAUCUGAGUAAAGUUGUGCAGUUAAGCCCUCAAAUUCUGGUUCAGCGGAUAGACAAUACAUGGACUGCUCGUUUCAAUUUUCUGACAAAAGAAUUGGGAGCACCCAGAGAGAGUAUAGUAAAGAUGGUCACUAAACACCCUCAAAUACUACACUACAGCAUUGAAGAUGGAUUACGCCCCAGGAUCAAUUUCUUAAGAGGCAUUGGGAUGUGCAUCUCUGAUAUACUGAAAGUAUUAACUAGCCUUACACAGGUAUUCUCUCUGUCAUUGGAGGGAAAUCUGAAACCUAAAUACAUGUACUUGAUCAAUGAACUUAAAAAUGAGGUCCAUUCCCUGACCAAAUAUCCGACAUACCUAAGCUUGUCUCUUGACCAGCGAAUUCGUCCUCGCCAUAGGUUUUUGGUUUCCUUGAAGAAAGCUCCGAAAGGGCCAUUUCCUUUGAGCUCACUGGUUCCAACUGAUGAAAACUUUUGCCACCAGUGGGCAGGAACUAGCUUAGACAAAUAUCUGGAUUUCCGGGAGAGAUUGCUGCUCAAAGAGUUUGCAAAGAAGUACGAAAGAAAAUGAUUAGUUCCAUUCUCAUUCCUAGUCUACUUGGUAAUAGAUCACACACAUUACAGCAAAUUGAGAUGCAUAUACUCUUUUCCUGGGAACACUUGAAUAUUAAGGUGAGUCAGAUGUUCAUGAUAAUUGACACAUACAUUUAUAUCGAAGAAACAUGUAUAAUGUUAAUUUCUGUUUUAUAUCUGUGCUAGCUGUUUCUAAAUUUUGCUAUACAAUUUUGCGAGGUGUUGUCCUACGUCAAUGCUUACACUGUGAUAGUCCCUGUUUAUUAAAAUCGAAUUAAAACUAACCUUGAUAUGCUGGGUUCCAGUGAUGACGUUUGAUUGUUAGAAUCAACAGAAGUUAGUCCUCCUCCUCCUCCUCCUUGAUAUGCUGGGUUCCAGUGAUGACGUUUGAUUGUUAGAAUCAACAGAAGUUUGUUAUUUGAUUACAACCCGUUAAGAGAAAAGAUAUGCAAUAGCUAGUCUUGACGGCUGCUGAUUUCUUGUUGAAGGAUUCUUUUGUGCUCGUUUCUUUGACACUUCCUGUCUUUCAUACUUCUUAUUACAUACAACGGCUAUGCUUUUCCCUGUUGCAGUACCUUCACAACUACCAACUUUUAUUUUGAUGGCAGUUAAGAAGGUAUCAGUGAUUAUUAUUUCCCAUUUCUUUUGAAUAUGUAUUGGUAAUUCCUCUCUUUUCCCCCAACAUAGGCAUGAUUAACUAUUUCAUAAAAAUCAUUCUUUUCUACUACCCUCGUGUAUAUUUUGUUGUAAUACUGGUAUGUAUUAUGAUUUGGGAUACUUCUUAGCGAUGAAAAUAUUUGUUUAUAUAAAUUCAAAAUGUUGGCAAAGUUAUUUCUAUCAUUUGUUUUUUCGUACUUGACCCUAAGUGCAUGAUAUCGUUAAAUGAAGUUUGUGAUUCUAAGUGUCAUUCACUUGUGUUCUUCACUUACUCUAGACGAUCGUUAAAUUAGCAUGAUCAUGUCUUGUAAUCUUUGUAUAAACUUCAUUUUUGCAAGAUUUCGUGUUCACACAUAGUAGAGCAAAUUCACAAGGUUUUAGACACCACUCCCAAACUUAGGACGAACAUUGUCCUUUAUGUUUAACCAGUACAAAGAUAUGUGCAAAUUGACACUCUUUCAGUUUGCCAAUUGGAUCCAGAUUUUUGCACUGUUGCAUCACCAAACAUGUCAUAAGUUGUUGAAAAAUGUUUGGUGCCAACGAGUAGUAAGAUGUUGCGAAACUACAUGGAAAUGAUGAGGAAUCAAUUUUCCACAAUGUCCAUUAAGUUGAUCAUUUGGAGUUUGGUUUUCUUUUCUACUUUGACUUUGUUACGAGUAUAUGAGUUGCAAAUUGCAACCAUUGACUUUUGUUUGCAUUAAAUGAAGUUUAUUGUUUUGGUUU